AUGUUCGGCUCAAGUGAAGAGUGGAGCCAGUCGUGGACAGGACGUGGGAAGACCGAUGUGAUGCCGAAGCCAGCAAGUUUCGGCAAGUACAAUGACCUGAACUUGACUCUGACAGAUGUACAAAAGGCAGAUGGUUGGCACUACCCGUUAACGAAAGAACAGGAGUGGGACAAAUACGGCUACGUGGUGCGGGACCAGAUCCGCUUUAGCUUGCAUGUUCAAGACGGCCUUGUGGACGUGGUGGAGGACUACUUAGAGACCACCAAAAAGGAGUUGAACCUGUUUGCGUGGCAGACCCUGGCCACACCUGCUUUCCUUGACUGGCGAGCUCGGCUGCGGAAGCUCUACGAGGCGGGCGACCGAGUCGGGCACACCCACCCGAAGCUGGUUCGUGGCACGGAAAUCUGGCUGGUUUGGAGGGAUUGGAAGCAAGGGGAAAGGCGCUGGAGAGAGCCCUCCUUUUACCCGGUGGCAAGCAGG